AUGAUGUGCAACGCCAAGUUCGUGGCCACCUUCGCCGGCCUCCUCGCCUCCGCGAGCGCCGGCCCCAGCGUCCGCCUCGACAACGGCCUCACCGUCCAGGGCCGCAUCGCCCCGGACGCCUCCAACGUCGCCGAAUUCCUGGGCAUCCCGUACGCCGCGCCGCCCCUCGACGACCUCCGCUGGGAGCCGCCCCAGCCCUACGUCGUCCCGGACUCGGGCAACCCCUUCGCCAACGGCACCGUCGUCAACGCCACCGCCCUGCCCCCCUCGUGCUGGCAGUACAUCUCCGUCCACCCGGCCAUCCAGCGCGUCGACGUCCCCGAGUUCAUGAUCGGCGCCGCCGGCAUGGACGAGGACUGCCUCACGGCCAGCGUCUGGGCCCCCGCCGGCGCCGUCCCGGCCUCCGGCAGCGAGGCCGCGGAGGGCGGUCUCCCCGUCAUCAUCUGGUUCUACGGCGGCGGCUUCGAGACGGGCGGCACCGACGUGCCGUACCAGAUGCCGCAGAAGUGGAUCGAGCGCUCCCAGGGCCACAUCUUCGUGACCUUCAACUACCGCAUGAAGCUCUUCGGCUUCCCCAACUCGGCCGCGCUCGAGGAGCAGAACCUGGGCCUGAUGGACCAGCGCUUCGCCGUCGAGUGGGUCCGCGACAACAUCGCCAAGUUCGGCGGUGACGCCUCGCGCAUGACCCUCUGGGGCCACUCGGCCGGCUCCAUCGCCGUCGACUACUACAGCUUCGCGUACCCCGAGGACCCCAUCGUCCGCGGCCUGGUCAUGGACUCGGGCACCUCGCACCUGAACCAGCUGAUGAGCAACGACGUCAUCCAGUCCAACUUCACCUUUGUCGCGCAGCAGCUCGGCUGCGGCAACCAGACCGACGCAAAGGCCGAGCUGGCUUGCAUGCGCAAGAUCCCCGCCGAGAAGCUCGAGAACUUUGUGGCCACCUACAAGGACUCCGGCGUCACGCCCAGCAUUGGCUUCUCCCCCGUCAUUGACAACAAGAUUGUCUUUGGCAACUACUCCGAGAAGGCCGCCGCCGGCGAGUUCUCCGACCUGCCCGCCAUCAUCGGCUUCAACCACGACGAGGGUCUCUUCCUCGCCCCCUACAGCGUCGACGGCCCCGAUCCGAGCGUCGCCGACAGCCUCUCCUACCAGUACUUCUGGUGCCCCGCGACCAAGACCACCAACGAGCGUCUUGCCGCCGGAAGAACCACCUACCGCUUCUUCUACGCCGCCGUCUUCAACAACACCUCUCCUCGUCCCUGGAUGGGUGCCUACCACGGCAGCGAGCUCCCCAUGAUCUUCGGCACCCACGCCGACUUCCGCGGCAACUCGACUCCCUUCGAGUACGAGCUCAGCUACGUCAUGGAGGAUGCCCUCACCACCUUCAUCAAGGACUCCACCGCCGGUCUUGACGCCAUCGGCUGGCCUGUCUACACCGCCGAGGGCCGCGAGGUCCGCACCUACGGCGAGAACAACGUUACCGUUGGCAAGCGUACUCUGUCGUCCAUCGAGCAGGGUUGCGCCGACCUGGGACUUUUGUAA